AUGUCUUUCAAUCCAGGCUAUACCGGCCAUCAAGGCAGCUCUUCCGAUCAGUUCUAUGUUAAUCAGCAAAGCUAUGUCAACCAGCCCAGUUACGUCUACCCGCAAGGUGAUUUCUACGACCAGGGAGUCAAUUUCCUGCCACCAACAACCUUUGCGGACCAUGACAACGACGAGACCUCUAACGACGGCUGGAACCACGGUACUAUCAGUCAGCCAGGCAUGAUCCAGCAGCCUGGUGUUUCCAACCAAGGUUUUGUCCCGCAGGAAGUCUUGGCUUUUGAGCAAGACAAUGUCCACCAGCAAGCCAGCAAGGAGUAUCACCAAGGCAGCUCCUACCAGGAGGAGCUUAUGGCACUCGAGAGAUCCAACAACCGCCAGGGUAACUUCCACCAGCUAGCCAAUAUGCACGACGGUGCUUACCUGCCGGAACCCGCAGCUAUGCAGCAAUUGAACAUCCACCACGGUAACGUCAACCAGCAAGCCAAUAUGUACCAUGGCUUGUACCCCCAGGAACCCCUGGUUAUGCAGCAAUUCAACAACGACCAGGGUGAUUUCCAUCAGCAAGCCAGUAUUCAACAAGGCUUUUGCGUCCAGGAACCGAUGACACUUGAGCAAUUGAACAACCAGCAAGAUAAUUUCCACCACCAAGGCGGUUUGUACCAGCAGGGUAUCAACAUCAACUCCCAGGACGAAGUCUACAACCAUCAGCGAAAGCUGGCGUACCAGGCACACAGUCCCAACGCCUACAGCGGAGCCAUUUCCAAGACUGAGGCCAUACAUGGGACCAAAGGCAAACACCAAGCCACGCAGAAAGCACCACGAAAGCUUUUGGACAAUACUCUCGACAUUGACACCAUACUCAGCAGCAACAACAAGCUGUUGAUGGAAGCUGCAGACUUUCAGCUGGCCAGCCUUUUGAAUUCCGCGAAAGAUCAUAAGGGUCGUCUAACGGAUGAUAAUCGAAACCUCGAACUUGAUUGGAUCAUGGGAGCUCUGAAGCUCAACCUCACCUACCUUGAGGCUCGUCGUCGGCGUGCGGAAGCCAAUAAGAAAAACAGACGAUAA